AUGCCGGGCAGCGGAGGUCCAGUUGCGACGUUCUCAGUAUGGGACUAUGUGGUGUUCGCCGGCUUGAUUCUUUUUGCUGCGGGCAUCGGCUUGUUCCAAGCCAUCCGUGGACGCAAGGAGGCCAGCAGUGAUGAGUUUCUCCUGGGCGGCCGUCAGAUGACCGCAGUGCCUGUGGCUUUGUCCCUCACAGCUAGCUUUAUGUCAGGUAUCACUGUUAUUGGCACUCCUGCGGAGGCGUAUAUGUACGGCACACCAUUCUGGCUCUUUGUCUUCUCCUACACCAUCAUGUCCAUCAUCAGCGCUGAACUCUUCGUGCCUCUGUUUUACCGGCUGAGCAUCACCAGCACAUACGAGUACCUGGAGAUGCGUUACAACAAGCUGAUACGAAUGAUUGGAACCAGCAUGUAUAUUGCUCAAACCGUUUUAUACACAGGCAUGGUUAUCUAUGCUCCUGCACUCGCACUUAAUCAGAUCACCGGUCUGGAUCUGUGGGGAGUGCUAGUGGCAACAGGGGCCGUCUGCAUCAUCUACUGCACCCUGGGAGGGCUGAAGGCAGUGAUAUGGACAGAUGUGUUCCAGAUGAUCAUCAUGUUGAGUGGGUUUGUGGCGGUCAUCGCUCGUGGAGCUGUGCUGCAGGGGGGAUUUGAAAAGAUCUGGAAUGACAGCUACUAUGGCGGACGUUUGGAAACGUUCAGUUUUGAUCCUGAUCCUUUGAGACGUCAUAGUUUUUGGACAAUUGUUGUUGGUGGCAGUCUGAUGUGGGCAUCCAUGUACUCGAUCAACCAAUCACAGGUCCAGCGCUACAUCUCCUGUAAGACAAUGACUCAUGCCAAGCUAUCUCUGUAUUUGAAUAUGGUGGGAUUAUGGGUGACAGUGAGUUUGGCCAUGUUCUCGGGUCUCACCAUGUACUCCAUCUAUAAAGACUGCGAUCCUUUCACCAACAAAGAUGUAGGAGCUUCAGACCAGCUCCUUCCUUAUCUGGUGAUGGACAUACUAGCAGAAUUCCCAGGACUGCCUGGAUUGUUUGUGGCUGCAGCUUACAGUGGUACAUUAAGUACGGUGUCGUCGAGUAUCAAUAAGGGUGUAUUCUAUGGAGGCGUGUGCAUCGGUAUGGCUGGUGUGGCAUCUUUGAUGGGCAAUAUACUGCAGGCAGCUUUGUCUAUAUUUGGUAUGAUCAGUGGACCUCUCUUGGGCCUUUAUUUGCUGGGCAUGUUCUUCCGCUGUGUGAACUCCACGGGAGGUUUAGUUGGUUUGAUUUCCGGCCUGGCUAUAACGUUAUGGGUGGGAAUUGGAGCUCAGGUGUAUCCUCCUUUACCUGAGAAGACCCUUCGGCUUUCCUUGAGUGUGGAAGGAUGCAUUGCACCAGAUAUGAAUGAAACCACCACUAUGACACCAUUCAGCACAGUCCUACAAACCACAACUCCACAGCCAAGACCAGCUUUGGCAGACAACUGGUAUUCAUUGUCCUACCUGUACUUCUGUCCUGUGGGCAUAAUAGUGACCAUGGUCACAGGACUAAUAGUUAGUGCAAUCACAGGUGGCUGUAAGCUGGAGAAAGCUCGACCUGAGCUCUUUAUUGGAAAAUCAGAUCUCAUCUGCUUUGGAUGCAGAAACUCAGACUCAGAGGUGUCAGACUUAAUUGAGAAAGAUCCAAAAAAUAUCCAAGGGCUGGAGAGUCCAGUUUUCUGCGACAAUGAAAUUGCACUGAAAAAGAAAGACUACAAGGAGAAGAUCACUAAGUUUUGA